AUGCCAUUUUUCAUCCACUACGCUGCGUUUUUAUUGACGUUUUCAAUAGUUUUUGCAGCCGACCCCGGACGUACGAUACUAUUGACGCAGGAUAAAAAUCCUUCCUAUGCUUUGCAUGGGAGAUUACUUGCGGAAUACAAGGACGUCCAAAUUGUGGCCUUUUGUGCAAAUUGUACAUUAUUAGUGGAUGUCACUUUACGGGAUUAUAAUGCCGAUCCUUUCAGAAUUAAUGGCUUCGAUGUGGAUUUAUCGAGUUGUGUGGCAAAUCUAAAUGAUACGAUCGAUACUUUGAAGACGUGCCAGUACAGUUACCGGGGCGAAGUGCUAUUCAGUAUAGGAAAUUCGACAAUUAACGAGUUUGGGCUGAGCGUCAGGGUAUCGGAGUGGAGUCCAGCUACCAACUUUUUCGUGUUUCCGGAACCAGAAAGGAGACCCCUGGAAACGGCGGGGGCCACGGUCUACGUCGGGAACAACAACACGGUGAGCGUCGCCACAUUCGUAGCGUGGAACACAACAAAUCCCUGCACGAUGCUGCUUGAUUUUGUUGUGGUACCCUCCGACCGCUGUAUGGCCUAUAUCGUGCCUGGAGCAACGCCGGCAAACAUUCCACGAUUGGCCGAUGCAUUAGUCUGGAUCGAUGGCACGCGGAACACGGGCAUGAAUCGCAUCCUGUCAUCCUCUUUUUCUGUCGUCGUCCCGGCCGACUGUUUUGCUGCGGUAAAAACUUACGGAUGGUUGAAUGAAUACAACUUCAAUGGCUAUCUCGAUACUGGGGCUUACUCGAUGACAUCUCCCGAAUUUCCAUAUCUCUACGAUAAUCCGAAUAGGCAUAAGGAAUAUUAUGAGCAGAAAUACACUCGGGCCGUAGCUGAGCAAAUGCUGCCAUUCGACUUUCAAGUUACAAACUUAUUCGGCGGCCAGCUGGAUAUUAUGGUCACAGAAAAAUAUCAGAAUGGUUUCGACUACAGACAAUACAACUACACCUCCACGGUGCCUGGCCGAUUCGCCAACAUUUCCGGUCAUGAGGUCCUGGUGCAAUGGUACCCCAACCAGGAUGAUCAGCCGAAAGGCUUUAUGCUAACGAUGGAAACUGGAACUCCGCUUUUGGCUCCGACGGCACCUGCACCGACUGUUAUCGUGAAUUGC